AUGGAGGAGUUGAGCAGGUGGACUGCAGCCGGUUCUGGUCGUGCUCUCGAUGACCAAGAUACUAUCUUUUUUCAGGACAUGCUAAUGGUCAACUCUCUGCACAUACUCAUCAGGCUCCAUGAGAGGUUACAGAGGUUUGGAGCCCAGAAAGCAGCACAGAUCCAGGACCAUGCUGAACAGCUGGCACGGGAAAUUCGGGAGAGAACUGCAUUUUUAGAGGCAGGACUAGAGAUUGCGGAGUUGCUGCACGCGCUACCUAAACCUCACUUUCAGGACCUUCUCUCAGUGCGUGAUACCGUAGCCCAGAAAGAUUACGAACCCAAGCUUCCAUCGCUGACAGUUGAGGCUGAUGAAGAUGAAGAAGACACAGUCAGGAUAAUUCAGCUCAUGUAAAGCAAAGAACCUUUGGGAGCCACCUUUAAAUGGGACGCUUCGACUGGUGCCAUCGUCGUAGCUCGUGUUAUGAGACGGGGAGCCGCAGACAGAAGCGGUGAGCAGGGCCUCCCACUAGUUUCGAUGCAAGACAAGACCCUUGAGGAAAUCAUCCCCAUACCCGCACAGUCAGAUGGGGCCGUAACCUUCAAAGUGAUCCCAGGCACCAAAGACGAUCUGGAAGCCGAUGACACAGAGGUCUUUGUCUGGGCGCUGUUUGACUACCAUUCCGAAGAGGACCCCACUAUUCUAUGUAAAGAUGCACGGUUGGAGUUCUGGAGGGGAGACGAGCUGCAGAUUGUGACCAGCCUUCGAGCUGGACUAAUCCCAUCUUGGCAGCUUCAGCAGAGGAGAGUGGCUUUACAGAGGCCCGAGGUGCUGUUUAUGACGUCAAGAGCGCUGAAGAUGGAGAACGCCGACGAUGAAAACGGAGCUGCAGAUUUUGUGGCCAUCCAUGGAAUACAUAUAGCUGGAUUGAAGAGAAGUUUCCGGCUGAGCAAGAAAGACCGCAUGAGUCGAGAACUGCAAGCAAAAUGGAAGAAGUGUGAAGAUGAUGAUGAUGAUAACCAGAUUUCCAGCUACCGCGAGGUGGUGCCUUAUGUCAGAGGGCCUGGAGAACCGAACCACCUCGUGUUACUGGUCGGGCCCAGCGGUGUCAGUUUAACCGAGCUGAAAAGAAAGCUUCUGCUCUCAGAUCCCGAGCACUUUGGAGUUUACUGUACCAUGAUAUCCAGUCUAGGAAAUGGAGGACAUGGUGGGAACUACUGCGGCACAGGCUUGGAUUCGGUCCGCAAGGUUCUAGCGGAGAGAAAGGUGUACUUGCUGGAUGUGGAGCCCCAAGCUGUAAAGUUGCUGUACACAACAGAAUUCAAACCGUAUGUCACGUUCGUCAAGCCUCCAGCCGUCGAACAGCUGAGGCUCAGCCGGAGGAAAGAGAAAAUCCUGGCCAGCUGCGAUGAACCCAUGCCAACCAGGACGUUUAUGGAGGCGGAUCUCAAGGACAUGAUUAACACUGCGCAGGAAAUGGAGAACAAAUAUGGCUACUUAUUCGAGAAGAUCAUCAUCAACGACGAUCUGGCCAUGCCGUUUACUGACCUACGAGCUGAACUGAAGAAGCUUGAAGAGGAAAGCAACUGGAUCGCCAGAACAUGGGCUGUGAAGCAUCAUGAAUAAACUGUUUUGGUCACGCGGGGCCUGGAGCCUAUCCCAGGAGGCUUAGGGCACGAGAUGGCUACAGCCUGGAUGGAGUGGCAAUACACACAUA